AGUGAGUGAGUGUGAUCCCUAGCCGCAACGCAAUCACAAGAAAGAAAGAAAGAAGGAAGUAAUAAUGGAGGAGGACGUGGGAGCGGUGUUCCGGAGGAGGGUGCACAAGAUGGAGGAGGACGACGACCAAGACAUCGUCACCUUCAUCCGGCAAGCCAUCUCCGUCGCUUCCGUCGUCGCCCCCGACCAGCUCAACAACCACAGGACCCACAUCCUCAAACUCCUCUUCAACGAUGAUCACCAUCAUCAUCCUCAAACGCCGAUCAAUGCCAAGAAGAAGAACAACAUCAACAUCAUCGACAACAAACCCGCCGCCGCAGCCGUUUCUUGUUCAAGAAAGAUAAGGAUCAAGAUUCUCAAGAAGAAACCCCAUGAUGAUGAAUUGGCCGCCGCCGCCUUCAAUAAUAAUAGUACUCCGGGACAAGAAGCUGCUGCUGUUGGGUCGUCCUUCAGGAAAGCCGCCGCCGCCGCCGCGGAGGAGAACAAUAAGCUGCUGGAAGCCGCCAAGAGGAACCUGAGCCGGCGUUACGCGGAAGUUGCGGAAAACAAGGCCAAGAGAAAGAUUCAGUGCAUCGGCGCUUCUGAAACCACGAUGCUCCUCUCCCGCGACCGAACCACUGCUGCGGCCCCAAACCCUAAGAGGAGGAUCGGAGGACGACGACGACGAUGAUGAUUGAUGAUCUAACAUCAACAACAACAAGAAGAAGAAGAUGAAGAUGAGGAUUUCGUUCGUUCAUGAUGAACAAUUUUAAUAAUUAGUCCACCACAUA